AUGCUGACCUGCCUCGCUGCGCGACGGCUCCUCGGCACCGCUGCUCCCAGCCCCUGGGCGGUGCUCGGCGUCAGGCGCGGCGAGGAACUGGACGAGUGCAAGCGAGCCUUCCGCCGGCUGGCUCUCUCGCUGCACCCGGAUGUCGCGGGCGACGACCCCGGCGCCGCCGAGCGCUUUGCCGCCGUCGUCCGAGCGUUUGAGGAGAUCCGCGACGGCACCGGACCCGGCACCGCGCCGCGCGGCCGCUGGCUCCGCGGCGUGCGCUCGGUGGACGAUGUGCUCACCGUCUCCGUCUCCGACCUCCGCACAGACCCGGCCUACGAGGUGCACAACCUCCUCGUCGCUCUCGACGACCCGGCCGCGCCGCCGGCGCCGAGCGGCGCGGCCAGCGCCGCAGCCUCCGAAGCCGCCGCGGUGGUCGCAGCCGACGCAGCCGGCGGCUCCGCGGUGGGUGUCGAGAUCGUGCAUCUCCUCCGCUGCUUCCCCGACCACUCGAUCGCUGACUUGCACGGGCUGGCCGAGGAGCUGGUUGGCGUGGAUGCCGCGACGGCUGGAAGGCGGCGCGUGGGGGGCAACGAGUUGGUGUGGCGUGGGCAGCUGCUCGCCGAGCACCUCUUCGUGCAGGACUACGCCAUCGCCAGCACAGAUAUGAUACACUAUGUCGUGUGCCGUCAAUAA